AUGUCUGACAACGAAAACGGCGAGAACGGCGACGAGCUCGUAACCAAGCCCUUCAAGUUUGUCACUGCUGGUACGCCAUCCCCAGACUCGCCCAACCGCCUGCACCGCCUGCCAAUCCACCAUAACCAGACCAAGCACUGCUGGCAAAACUACGUCGACUACCACAAGUGCAUCAUCGCCAAGGGCGAGGACUUUGCUCCCUGCCGCCAGUUUAUGUUGGCCUACAAGUCCCUGUGCCCCAGCGGCUGGACAUCGCGAUGGGACGACCAGCGUGAGGCUGGCAACUUCCCCGUAAAGCUCGACCAGUAG